AUGCAGAUCAAGGAUGAAGGAGCCCUGACAUUCCCUGGCAAGCUAAAGGGAGAACCUAGCAAGAGGUCCAGAGAUAAAUACUGUCGUUUCCACCGUGACCACGGUCAUAACACAUUUGACUGCUAUGACUUAAAGCAGCAGAUAAAAGCUCUUAUUAGUCAAGGGAAGUUGCAAAAGUUUGUCAGUAAGGAAAGGACGGACUGGCCCCAAGAAACACCGGCACGAAGAGAAAACGAGCAUCCCGAACCCCCACUAGGAGACAUAAGGAUGAUCGUGGGAGGAACAACAUCUGGCUUGUCCAAAAAGGCACGCAAAACUUACCUAUGGAAGGUCCAAAAUGUCUCGUUGACGGGAUUCUUCCUGAAGAUGGCACAAAUUGACAACCCUGUCAUUGGGUUUACAAAGGAAGAUGUCAGGCGCCUCCACCACCCUCAUGACGAUGCGUUUAUGGUUAGCAUUCGGGUAGGGGAAUACAAUACCCACCAAGUCUUGGUAGAUAAUGGGAGCUCUGCCAACAUCCUCUACUAUCCAACGUUCUAG